AUGAUUGAUUUCCUUGUUGUUGAUUUCGGAACAACAAAGCUGUGUGUCUCUGCGACUUGUAACACACAGAGAGCUUACAUUGAGUUCGAUGGGGAGGAAAUAAUCCCCAAUGCCGUAUUCUUUGACGACACUCUGCUCUUUGGAAAGAUCGCAUUAUCUAAGGGAAGAAGUAAGCCGCAGUUUCUCUUGACGCAUUUAAAGGAACUGAUGGGCCUAAAGUUUGCUGAUCCAGCAGUAAAAGAAAUGCAAAAUAAAAUUUAUCAAAAAAUCGUGAAGGGAAGAAAUGGCUUCUGUGCCUUGGAAAUUCCGUUUGAUACACCAAGAGUCUACGAGCCCUGUGAUAUUCUGUGUUGCUUUCUAAAAUAUAUCAAAGAAAAAGCCCAAGAUCAGCUACGGCAGCGACCGGAGGGAAUCUUAAUGGGUAUUUCGCCCUCCUUCAAUGAACUCCAGAAAGAGGCUUUGCGAAUCACUAUGCUAAAUUCAGGUUUUAGCUAUGAUAUAAAUCCUAUUUCUGGUGGAAGUACUCCUAUUUUAGUGGCCGAUUGCGGAGGCGGUACUUUUGAUGUCUCGGUUGUGAUUGUCACCGGAUCAACGAUGGAUGUAGUUAUUAUGAAAGGAAAUCCAAGGCUUGGAGGGAAGGAUUUCACCCAAGCGGUCUUGGAGGCUAUCUACGAACAGAUCAACACAAUUGAUCCGGAUUUUGAUCUUUCCAAGAUAAGUUCCAAGAGCAAAAUGAUAUUGAGGGACUUUGCAGAAAACCUGAAGAUUUAUCUUUCUACCAAUGAUCAAUAUAUGGAAGGUAUUUCACAAUCAAUAUGUCCGUGUCGCAAUUCAAUUCUAUUUGCAAACCACUCUUUAAGAAAUGCGAUGAAGUGGUCAAGAGUGCAUUGGACGAAGCAGCAGAGAAGAACAUCAAAAUCCAAUAUCUCUGCUUGUCCGGAUCCAGCUUCUUCAUUCCAAAGCUCCAAAAACACAUCACCAAACUCGUAA